AUGGAGCGGCCCCAGCGGCCCCGAUCGCCUCUGGACGGCGACGCUGGCAAGGGCAAGGGCAAAGGCAAGGGCCCAUCGUUCCCAGAAUACUGGUCGCUUAUGACCGAAGGGGAAUUCAACCGCUUCAGGCGGCCCCCUUCGUUUAUGCACGACAAGCGUUUCGGAUGCGAAACCGCAUUUGCAGACGUGGUCACCUUAGAAACUGCGCCACCUGCUAGCACGAAGCCUCACCACAGCGGCGGCGACAAGGGCGGCGCCUUCGGCGACCAUGACGUCGGCGGCAAGGGCGGCACUUUCGGCGACCACGACGGCGGCGGCAAGGGCGGCAAGGGCCCCAAGGGCCCCAAGGGCCGGACCACUUUCGGCGACCACCACGACGGCGGUGGCAAGGGCAGCAGCGCUGCCCUUGCCGCCGCUGUGGUCGCCGAAAUUUUUUCGGCGACCACGGCGGCGUCAUGGGCGACCUGGCCGGUGGAGAGCCUCUCAGUCCUCCGUUAA